AUGAAUCCAUUACCUUAUUCUUUGAUCGUACGACAGCAGCCACUAAAGGCAAGAUUAUGUAGCUUUCGUGACAAAGUGGAUCGUCGUCCAUUAGAUCCACCGCCUAUAGUUCAACUUUAUCAAAGCAACAUUAUGACCUUCAAUGAUUAUCACAAUAGCGCCAAUUUCUUUCUACAUGCAACAUUGGUAAAUGCAUUAGACAAUAGUGAUUUGCAUUGUGCAAAUAAUAAUCGAACUACCGCAGGGUCUGUUGUACAAUCCUUACACAAAUUAAAAGAUACAAACAAUGCAGAAGGUGCAUUCUUUAUAUUUGCUGAUAUCAGUAUCCGAAUCGAAGGCAUAUUUAAGCUUAAGUUUACCCUGUUUCAAAUCAAAGGGUUAGACGUAGAAAGACUCUCGAGUAUCUAUUCACAGCCCUUUCAAGUGUAUUCACCCAAAGCCUUCCCUGGUAUGUCGGAGUCGACUGAUCUCACUCGUUCUUUUUCGGAUCAAGGAGUUCGGAUUAGGAUUCGUAAAGAAGCAAGGGCAGGGACAACUCCAACGAAGCGUAGACGUGGAAUGAUGGAUGAACAAGAAUCUACUUCUUCUUCUUCUACUAUCAAUGUCAUGUCGAUGGAAAAUCUAUUGAUAUCUGAUCCUGCUACUGCCCAUGAUAAGUAUUACCAUGGGAACCAAUUUUAACUCGCUCUCUCUCCUCUUUUUUAUAAGCUUUUUUUUUAAAAAAAAAAAAAUCACGGGAAAACUAUAAUUUAUACUUUAAGCCUUUUAUGCCUAUGCUCCUUGUGUAUGUUCCAAUCUAUGAUUUACUGGUGGUGUGGCGUUUUAUGUGUAUGUUUGUCGAGGUUUUAAAAAACCCAAGAAAGAAAUACGUCAUAUUUUAAAUGAACCAAUCAAAUUGUCAAGACCCCUAUCCACGCUAUCCCUCUUUUACAACCCCCUUCCCUUUUUUUUUUUUUUUUUUUUUUUUUAACCCACUGAAUUUGGCAACUCCCUUUCUUUUUU